AUGCCGACAGCCAUAGUCACUGGCGCCACGGGUAUAACUGGAACGGCAGUGUGUCAGGCUUUAAUCAAGGCACCUGAGUACACCGAAAUUUACACACUAUCUAGAUUCCAAAAGGUUUCAGAGCACCCUAAAGUCAAGCAUGCAAUUCUAGACUUGCAGUCAUCGGCGGAAGAGAUGAGCAAGUCCCUGUCGCACAUCCCGCCCGUGACGCACAUUUACUUCUGUGCCUAUCUGGCGAACCCAGACGAGGGAGAAGCCUCGCGAAUCAACGGUUCUAUGCUAUCAAACUUCCUUGAAGCGCUCAUCAAAUCUGGUCGAACUCGUGAACUGAAACGUUUCAGUCUCACAUGUGGCCUCAAACAGUAUGGGGUACAUCAAGGACAACCUAAGAACCCCAUGCGUGAAGAUGACGAAGACUCGCUUUUCUGGCUUGAGCAAGAGGAUCGCCCGCCCAACUUCUACUACACUCAACAGCGUAUCCUAGAGAAGUAUACUGCGGACCACCAUAACAAGUGGACUUGGGUUGUGACAUACCCCCAGGAUGUCAUCGGUUUCGCUAGGGGAAAUUUUAUGAACCUUGCUACUUCUAUUGGCUUGUACUGCGCUGUCAGCAAGGAACUCGAGGGCUCGAAGCUCGUGUUCCCCGGGAACAAGUUCAACUACUUAGCCUUCAACGGCUGGACGUCGGCUAGAUUGCACGCUGACUUCUGCCUCUGGGCAGGCAAAUCACCCGACGCCAAUAACCAGCGCUUCAAUGUCAUCAACGGCGACACACAGAGUUGGCAGGACCUAUGGCCACGGAUGGCAGCACGCUUUGGGUGCAAUAUUCCUGGUAACAUGUUCCCUGCCGGAGAUGAAUUUAAAGCCUACCCCGGAUACGUGGGCAGCCAUACGAAACUGCACCCGCGGCCGCCGAUAGCUGAGGUUGCGGAGAAGAUCGGGCUUAAAGAAGAGUUCAAAGAGCCCUCUGAGCUCUUCUGCCAGAUCGACCUCGAGAAGUGGGCCCAGCGUCCGGAAGUGAUUAAAGCAUGGGGGGCGCUGCGUGAUCGAUAUAAGCUUGAUCAAACUGCUUGGGAUGGAGCUACUUGGGGGUUCGUGGGCUUCCUACUUGGUCGUAACUAUAGCUGUGUUGCGAGCAUGAGCAAGGCACGAAAGCUGGGUUGGACCGGAUACGCGGACACCUGGGACGAGUUUGAGCAUACAUUCCAGGAGCUGGAGAAGGCUAAGAUGCUGCCACCCCUUCCGACUUAG